AUGACUAACUCCUGCUGCUCCUCUUGCUGCCAGCCCACCUGCUGCAGAACCACCUGCUGCAGGACCACCUGCUGCCGCCCCAGCUGUGGCUGCAGCCCUUGCUGUGUGUCCAGCUGCUGCCGCCCUUGCUGUGGUGGAUCUAGCUGCUGCCAGCCCAGCUGCUGUGGGUCCAGCUGCUGUGGCCAAAGCUGCGGUGGGUGCGGCUGCUGUCAGCCUUGCUGCCGCCCAACUUGCUGCCAAACCACCUGCUGCAGGACCACCUGCUGCCGCCCCAGCUGUGGCUGCAGCCCUUGCUGUGUGUCCAGCUGCUGCCGCCCUUGCUGUGGUGGAUCUAGCUGCUGCCAGCCCAGCUGCUGUGGGUCCAGCUGCUGUGGCCAAAGCUGCGGUGGGUCCGGCUGCUGCCGGCCUUGCUGCCGCCCUAGCUGCUGCCAGCCCAGCUGCUGUGGGUCCAGCUGCUGUGGCUCACCCUGCUGCCAGCCAGUGUGCUGCACGCCCGUGUACUGCACGAGAACCUGCUACCAACCCACAUGCUGCUGCCUGCCCGGUUGCCUAGCCCAGGGCUGCGGGAAAAUCCAAACUUCAGAAGCCCAGUGCAUAAAGGGCCCAGGUUGGAAAGAGUCAUCAGAUUCUGGAAAACUCACCUCUGAACAGAAGCCCACUACCACUCCUCAUACAAUGACUAAGUCCUGCUGCUCCUCUUGCUGCCAGCCCACCUGCUGCAGGACCACCUGCUGCCGCCCCAGCUGUGGCUGCAGUCCUUGCUGUGUGUCCAGCUGCUGCCGCCCUUGCUGCGGUGUAUCUAGCUGCUGCCAGCCCAGCUGCUGUGGGUCCAGCUGCUGUGGCCAAAGCUGCGGUGUGUCCAGCUGAUGCCACCCUUGCUGCCACCCCAGCUGCUAUGGCUCACCCUGCUGCCAGCCAGUUUGCUGCACAACUGUGCACUGCACAAGUACCUGCUACCAACCCACUUGCUGCUACCUGCCCAGUUGCCUAGCCCAGGAGUGUGGAUCCAGCUGCUGCCAGCUUUGCUGCUAUUGA